UUUAUAUCCAGCUAAAAAUUUAUUUUAAAAAAUCAUAUACAAUUACUGGAAAUGAGUAGAGUGCAUCUUGUGUGAGGAAUCUUGUUUUGGAAAUGCGAAGAUGGAGAACAACAUGGCACGAAACUCGCCAUUCCGUCAGGCUCUGGCCAGCGUUGUGAGUAAAACUCCCAACGGAGCCCUCUUUAUGGAUACAGAAUGGCAGCAGAGAGAGCCGAGAAAGAGUUAAAUGAGUCUCCAGAGGUUUAUAAGCGAGAACUCGAAGCCCUGCGGCUUAUGGUUAAAAAUGAUCCUAAUUUGUCUGUGCCAGACAGUGAUCAGUUUUUGUUGCGGUUCCUCAGGGCCAGGAAGUUUGACAGCAAGAAGGCCUUUCACAUGAUACAGAGGUAUUUCCUGAUGAGACUUAAGUGCCCAGAACUAUUCAGCUGUCCCUUGCCCUCAGAAUGUACUACGAUGUUUGAUCUUCAAGCUCAGAAUAUGCUUCUACAAAGGGACCAAUUUGGUAGACGAGUGUACAUAAUUAAAGUAGAUAACUUCGAUUCGUCGAAGGUAACAAUAGACGACGUUUUUCGCGUCAACGUUUUGGCGCUGGAGCAAAUAGUACGUGAAGCGGAAACUCAGAUAGCGGGGAUCGUUGUUAUCUUGGAUAUGGCAGGGCUUAGUUUACAGCACGCGAAGUUCUUCACUCCUUAUUACGCCAAGAGAAUGGUUGAGCUGGUACAAGAGACGUUCCCGCUGAGGUUCAAGGGCUUCCAUAUCGUUAAUGAGCCCUUCUAUUUUGACGCGGUCGUCGCCGUUCUCAAGCCUUUCCUGAAGGAAAAAAUCCGCAAGAGGAUAAUUGUACAUGGCAGUGAUCUGACGUCUCUCCAAGCCUUCGUAUCGCCUGAUAUUCUACCUAUUGAAUAUGGAGGGAAUGCUGGCCAUUUCGAUAACAGAUCGUGGUAUAUGCAGUUGCUGACGGAGGAAAAAUACUUUGAAGAUUUACACAAGUUCGGAUACAUUACGGAUGAUGGCCAAUCAGGUACUUGAAUUUAAAAAUAUAAAGAAUAACAAUAAAAUUGUUGCAUUAUAAUAAAUGGAUAUAUUAAAUAAAAUAUAAUUUUGUAAAGCUUUUAUAAAUGUUAACAGUUCCGUAUUAUCUAGGGUUGCUCAAAACAAGUAAUAGUUUUGUAACAGUGAUUUGUUAAAGAAGAGGUAUA